AUGGUCAUUGCAACUGUGGCAAGGUCAAAUGCAGAUGUCAAUGAGAAACACGAGGAAAAGUAUUGGAACUACGAGAAGCAUGUUAUAGAUCUGGGUGAUAUAGAGAAGUAUCAGAUAUACCAGCGGAUUGGAAAAGGAAAGUAUUCGGAAGUGUUUGAGGGCCGUAAGGACAAGGAGAAGGUAAUAAUAAAGGCACUAAAGCCUGUGAAGAUACCAAAGAUCAGUAGGGAGAUCUUGGUGUUGAAACACUUAUCGCAUGAUAACAUCAUAAAACUUAUUGAUGUGGUUGCAGAUCAGGAAUCUCAAGUACAUUCUUUGGUAUUUGAGUAUAUAGAAAAUGAAGAUUAUGCAAAGAUAUUUGAAAGUUUAGGAUAUAGAGACAUUGUCAACUACUCAAAACAGAUUCUUUGUGCACUUGAGUAUUGUCAUAGCAUGGGAAUAAUCCAUAGAGACAUCAAACCACAAAAUAUGGUAAUAAAUCAUGCUAAAAAACAGCUGAAGAUAAUUGACUGGGGCCUUGCCGAGUUCUAUCAUCCAAAGAAAGAGUACAGUGUCCGUGUUGCAAGUAGAUAUUAUAAAGGGCCUGAGCUUCUAGUGGACUAUCCAUAUUAUGAUUAUUCUUUGGAUAUAUGGUCAUUUGGAUGUGUGCUGGCAGAGAUGAUAUUUAAAAAAAGACCUUUUUUUCAUGGAGAAAGCAACAAUGACCAGCUUAUGAAGAUAAUUAGAGUCCUUGGGUAUUGCGAUUUAAAAACAUAUAUGGACAAGUAUCAGAUUUGCUCUCCAAAUAUAAGGUUUGAUGCAAUGGAACAAAGAGUAGCACUUGCUUCAUUUAUUCCCUUUGGAGAGGAAUCUGUAUAUGAAGAUGCAGUCAAUCUCUUAGAAAAUAUACUCAUAUAUGAUCACCACAGACGAUUUACGGCUAAGGACUGUCUAGGUCAUAGUCUAUUCAAGUCCAAGUGUUAA